ACAAUCUGAGUUACAUUUCCUCCUCGGGACAUUAAUCACGAACGGACCAGUCGGUGACAGCAUAACAGGCACUUGCCCUUAAACUCGCAUACAGUGAAAAUAACCUUAUAUUUAAAUUAAAUAACUAUUGUUGAAUCCAUAAGGAAAUAUAAGCGUCACCAUGUCUCUUGCGGCAGAGGCCUUCGUGUCGCAGAUGGCAGCUGCUGAGCCGUGGCCUGAAUCGGCCACCUUGUACCAACCACUGAAGGAGGAUCAGAUUCUGCUGUCAGACUGCGCUUCAUCUCUUGCUGUUCAGGCGUACCUCAGGAUGUGCGGUCUACCUGUGCAGGUGGUUUGCAAAUCAAAUGCUGAAUACAUGUCUCCCUCCGGUAAGAUUCCCUUUAUCCACGUUGGGAACCAGGUGGUGUCCGAGCUGGGGCCGAUAGUGCAGUUCACGAAAGCUAAGGGUAAUUCUCUGAGCGAUGGAUUAGAUGAUGUUCAGAGAGCUGAAAUGAAAGCGUACAUGGAGCUCGUCAACAACAUGCUGCUAACUGCUGAGUUGUACAUCCAGUGGUGUGAUGACGCCACAGCUGCUGAGAUCUCCCGCCCCAGGUACAGCAGUCCUUACUCGUGGCCUCUCAGUAACGUCCUGGCCUAUCAGAAGCAGUGGGAGGUCCGCAGGAAGAUGAACGCCAUUGGCUGGGGAGGGAAAACCCUGGAGCAGGUGUAUGACGAUGUGACUCAGUGCUGCCAGGCUCUCUCCCAGAGGCUGGGAACACAACCGUACUUCUUCAAUAAACAGCCCACAGAGCUGGACGCCCUGGUGUUCGGUCACCUCUUCACCAUCCUGACCACCAGACUGACCAGCACAGAGCUGGCUGAGCGGAUUAAGAGCUGCAGUAACCUGCUCUCCUUCUGCAGACGCAUCGAGCAGACGUACUUCGAAGACAAGAGCUCCUGAAGGAACAUUGUGUCCCUGCUUCUUCUCCUCCUGAACAUUCAUUCCCUCCCUGUAGCACCGAGAAGCUAAAAACUGCUCUUCUUCACACACGUGUCCCUUUGUGAUUCAUGCUUUCAUUCUCCUUUUUGUGCCGUGCUUGUACAUUGUUGCACUCUGCUGAUAGCAUUCAUGUUUCCACUGCAUAUAGAUGGAUAUAUCUUAAAGUAAAUACGUUUAGGCUAUCUUAAAGCAACUUAAACUGACAUGUAAUAUCAUUCUUAUGGGUAUUACUGACACAUAUAUAUACAAAUAGAUGUUUUUGAGUUAAACAUAGGAUUCACAUUACUGCAAGAGGUAAGAAGUCGGGUUUAAUAAGAGGAUUUCCAACACUAGCUAAGCCCAUGCUCACACAUAGAAACGCUGACAUGUAUUAUAGAGCAUUGAUGAAAUAUCCUUAUAGUCUCAGAGAGGUUAAAUCCACAGCUGUGUGACAUGUUUAGAAGCUCGGAAGAAACACGAGGCAGUGUUGCUUUACUUCUGUACAAAAGGACAUAAUGAUGAAGACUUAUUUUUUUCGCACCGUUGUUUUCUUUGUGUGAAUUGAAAGUGCCUACAGAAUAAAAUACAUUACGAAUUUCA